GGCGACAUCCUCUUCCACAUCAGGAGCAAGCCCACUGUGUGCUCUAGCAUCGUCGUACAUACUUCUCAUGCUUGGGCUCAGUUAUUCUCACAGACUCAGUGUUGGGCGGUGGGUUUUUUUUUAGAGAGAGAGAAAAAAGCUUUGAGGCAUGCUGUAAAGAAAUUCCCAUCGUACUCGUGGUUUAAUGUUAAUUGAAUGAGUAAAGUUUCAAGGUAAAUACUCAUUAGUGUGACUUUCUUAAUUAAAGUCCAUCCAAAAUAGUGCAAAAAAUAGGUAGACAGAGAAUAUCUUUCCCGCGCGUAGCCAUGCCUCGAUCCGCCAGAACAUUUUCCUUCCAUACAAAUGGGCUGUUUACAUAAAAUUCCUCCUCGUAGUGCUUGUGUACACGGUGUGGGUGGUGGGCACAGGGCAAAAAAAUGUGCCUGUGAAUGAGACAAAAGUUAGUUAAAUUGUGUAUAAAGUGCGAUCAUUUCAAUUCGUGUCGUUCCCCCUUGCAUAGCAGAGUUAACUUUGGCGGAAAAGAGGAAUAUUGAGCAGCAAGACCACAACCCCAGAGGGAAAAGUUGCAAUAAAAAAUUCCCCAGAGUGGUGGUUGAACAAAAAAACAAAAAGUGAACAAAAAAGAGUAAAAACAAACAGUCUGAGCUUUUUUUAUGAUGAAUGUAAACAAUGUGUGGACAAUACAUGAUUCCGGUGUGGCGGAAUGUAAUGCGAAGCGAUAGAAAAUGUUGGGGCUUUUGCCAAUUUGCAGCACGAAGUGGCGAAUGUGUGGGCAGUUGUAGGUGCAAUCAAUCAGACACGAGUAAAUUAAGCGCCAACGUUCAAGAAGUGUGUUUGUGCAAAGGUAAACAUGGAUGCACAACUCCACCAAAUGAUGAACCUAACCAUGGUGGAUGAUUUCCUGUCAAUGGUCACAAACUCAUCCUCAUCGACAAUCCUCUUUGCCGCCCUCUCAACAACCAGCUCAAACUUCACCCCAAAUGCCACCACCAUCUACCAAACUGUCUACCCAAACAAGUACAGCUUAACGCACAUCGUCAUCGCUUCCAUCGUUGUCACCAUCCUCAUGGUGAUCAUCGUGGUUGGCAAUAUGCUCGUGAUAAUUGCCAUUGCCACGGAAAAAUCCCUCAAAGGUAUCCAGAAUUGGUUUAUAGCCUCCCUCGCAGUGGCGGACUUCUUUCUCGGGCUCGUCAUUAUGCCCUUCUCCCUGGCCAAUGAGUUGAUGGGCUAUUGGAUUUUUGGUGCAUGGUGGUGUGACAUUCAUUCAGCAAUGGAUGUCCUUCUCUGCACAGCAUCCAUCAUGAAUCUCUGUCUCAUCUCACUCGACAGGUACUGGAGCAUAACGAAGGCCGUGGAAUACCUUAAAACACGUACACCAGUAAGGGCGGUUGUGAUGAUCGCCUUCGUGUGGAUCAUGUCAGCUGUCAUCUGUAUUCCGCCACUACUUGGAUGGAAGGCAAAGCGCCCAGAAGGUCGAGCUUUGCCACAAUGUCAGCUGAGUCAAGAUGUUGGCUAUGUCCUGUAUUCAGCUCUUGGUUCCUUCUAUAUCCCCAGCUGUAUAAUGGUAUUCGUGUACAUCAGAAUUUACUAUGCGGCCAAACGGCGAGCACGACGUGGGAUCAAGAAGCCAUCUCGAAAUUCUGAUGAACAAACGACCAACUUCUUCUCUUCAGUCACUUACAAUACACGUCCAAUGCCAACAGUGCCUGAAUGUUCUUCCCCCCAUCUAAUUGCCACAAUUGAAUCUCAUCAAGCCACCACUGAAUCAUCCACAAAUCAAAUACCUGUGGUGACAUGCGACCUAGCAUCGGAGUCCUCAAACAAGGAUACAACGAGCAUCGCAGACGCUGAGAAUCAAUUUGGUGACACGAAUACGCUUAGAGAGCCUUCCACCAUUCACCUCCAAGUACUUCCUGUUAUACGGCAAACCACCAAUGGGAUGAGUGCCAUUGCCCUGCAUACCACCGCCCCGAUGCGCUGUCGUGCCUUCUCCGUUGGCGUUGACAGUGACAUGGUUAGUGAGUUUGACCCAUCGAGUUCGGAUUCCGGGGUGGCGAGUCGAUGUUCCUCCGUUAAACCCUCCAAAUUUCGUAUUUUCCACCCCAUUUUUGGACGUCGCUACCCCCUGCGGACGGACGUGAGUGCCGUCCAGAAUGCCACGGAAUUGGAGCCCGUAAUCACGAAGGGGGAAAAGAAGCGUGACCCAGAGAAGGAGAAACGACGCCUGGCGCGAAAGAAGGAGAAGCGCGCCACGUUGAUACUUGGUCUCAUCAUGGGAUGCUUCAUUGCAUGCUGGCUACCCUUCUUCUUCCUGUACAUCCUCAUACCAACUUGCGAUCGUUGCAAAAUACCCGAUACAGCCUUUGCCAUUGCCUUCUGGCUUGGCUACAUGAAUUCAGCUUUCAAUCCCGUCAUCUACACAAUCUUCAACAAAGACUUCCGGCGCGCCUUUCGACGAAUCCUCUUCAAAUAGCACUAAGUCGUGACCACCCACCACCACCCACAUAAAAUACUCACUGUGUCUUAAACCAAUGCUCUACAUCUCCGAAUUUUUUUAUUUCUAAUUUCCUAAAAAAAAACUAUUUUGAACUAAAUUAUACUUUCUACAGCAAACGAUUGCAUUUCGUUAGAUAAAAAAAUAUUGAAAAGAAAAAUUAAUAAAAUCUACGGCUCGAACUUUGCUGUAGACUCUGUAACAAGAACUUCGAAUUUCACGUUCCUAGAACAGAAGAUUAUAAAUGUAAAAGAAAAUUUAAAAAUAAGUAAAAGAAAAAAAUGCAGAGCAUUUUUAUUAAUAAAUCUAUUUGAAAAUAUAAAAGUAUUAAAAGAAGAUGAAUCUGAUAUGAAGGAAGGCCCCUUUCGUAGUUCAGCGUUAGAUCUUAGGUUGAUCCUAAGCUAUACAAAAAAAAUGAAACAAAAAACUCCAGUUAGUAGUGUGUAAUCGUACCUUAAAAUGUACAAAAAAUCAUCUGAAGAAAAUAAAAUCUGUAUGAUGUGGAACCUCGUUAUGUAGUUUAUCCCAAUUUGAUGUAAAACUCACAACUUUUCAGAGUCUUUUUUUGUAAAAAAGAAAGUUGACAAAAAAAAGAAAGUCUAUCAAAUAAACACUCACUAUGAGAAGCUAAAAACUUUCAAA